ACACACAGCUCUUCAGGUGGCUCAUGUCAGCUAGCAAAAUGGACCUUGGAACAAUGUUGUACAACAAUCUAAAAGAUGUUACAUGGAGCAGGAAGUCCUUGCCUUUAGACCAACUUGUCAGUACUUACAAGUUGCCUCAAAUUGCAAAGCUGGAUAACGGUCAGUUGGUAGAAGGGCUCAGAGACGGCGAGUACCUCUUGAUUCAUUCCUGCCGACAGUGGACGACUAUUACUGCACACAGUCUAGAGGAAGGACACUAUGUCAUCGGGCCCAAAAUAGAAAUCCCAGUACACUAUGAAGGUCAGUUUAAGUUACUGGAGCAGGACAGAGAUGUGAAGGAGCCGGUGCAGUACUUCAACAGCGUGGAAGAGGUGGCCAAAGCAUUCCCUGAAAGAGUAUAUGUCAUGGAGGAAAUCACUUUCAAUGUUAAGGUGGCGUCAGGGGAAUGCAAUGAAGACACAGAGGUUUACAACAUUACACUAAGCACUGGGGAUGAACUUACGUUAAUGGGCCAGGCUGAGAUCCUUUAUGCCAAGACCUCCAAAGAAAAAUCGAGAUUCAACACCAUUUUUAAGAAGAUUGGGAAGCUGAACUCCAUCAGUAAGAUCGGUCGGGGCAAGAUGCCCUGCCUGAUCUGCAUGAACCAUCGCACCAAUGAGAGCAUUAGCCUGCCUUUCCAGUGCAAAGGCAGAUUCAGUACGUGUAGUCCACUGGAGCUUCAAAUGCAGGAUGGUGAGCACACCAUCAGGAACAUUGUGGAGAAAACCCGUCUCCCAGUCAAUGUCAUAGUACCCAGCAGUCCACCCCGCAACCAGCACGACCUCCAUCUCAUCAGGGAGGGUCAUCGCUACAAAUUGGUCAACAUUCAGACAAAGACAGUGGUUGUGUGCUGCAUUCUACGGAGCAACAAAAUUAUCCCCACCCACUUUCCUUUUCACAUGGCCAUGCCUAGGUUUAUUAUACCAGAAGAACUGCUUCAAGGAGAGUUGUGGCUAGACACUAUGGUACACCGCUGGUUUUCCUUCUGCCAGGAGCAGUUCAACAUAGAUGACUAUUCUCGUGCUGUCCGGGAUGCGAGGACCGAUUGGAAUGAUGAUGGGAAGAGUCCUAAGAAGAGCAAUGGGAACGGUAAUUGUGACGGAAGCAGUGGAGGAGGUGGCAGCUCCAAUGGGUGUUCCACCCACAUGCAGAUUCCCAGCUCUUUAACUUAUGCCCGGGAUGAACUCACCCAGUCCUUCCACAGACUCUCGGUCUGCGUGUACGGUAGCAACCUGCACAGCAACAGCGAGGUCAACUUGCAGGGCUGUAUGACCCUGUGUGGAGACUGGGCUCUUUUGCCCUCUGACAGCAUUCCUUCAGACUCGGGAGAAAAUGAACACUUCUUCCCUGAGCCGCUGGAAAGCACAAACCAACAACCCCCUCUCAACAAGUCAGACGUUCCCUAUGAGGAGCUGUGGUUGGAUCACCUAAGAGGCCGCAUCCCAAAACCCUCCUUAAGUGAGGGAAUCCGAAACAUCAACAAUGGAACAACAACAACAGCCCUGUCAUACCCAGUCAGUUGUUCUCUUGGUGCAAUAACUGGUUCAGAUGCAUCUCUUACUCCACCACCAGUCCCACCCAAGUCUGAAGCUGUGAAAGAAGAAUGUCGUCUUUUGAACGCCCCACCAAUCCCUCCACGCAACCUGAAACAGAUGCCAUCGGUGCCCACUUUGUCAAAGCCACGGCAGCAGGAGACCCGAUCUCCGAGUCCGACCCUGUCCUAUUAUUCUUCUGGUCUGCACAACAUUUGUGGAGCAUGUGAGCAAGAAGCAGUUGACCCACAAGAGCGAAGCCAUGUGUGCUACCCCUGUCACUGGGGUAAAUGCAACACCACUGAACCAAAGGCUGCCUUGCCAUCAGAUGGGACGUCCUCCAGAUUGUCUUGGCCAAAUAACUUCAGUCGAGGAGAAUUGCAUCGUGUAGAGGACGGCUGUCGAAGUUACUAUAGUUACCCCAGAAAGAAAUCCCCAAGCAGCCCAAAAACCUGUACAUCGAGCCUUGUCGACUUUGACAUCAGAGAGCACGCACACCACAGUAAGGACUUCAGGUUGCAGAAAGUUUCUGUGAAUCAGGUCUGCACCAAAUCGUCAAGUUGCAACUCACAAAUGUACAGAGACAAGCCAGCAGAAGAGCUGAACGUAAAGCAGAGCCUCUCCUGCCCCAUCUUACCCCCAAGAACACCAAAACCAAACAGCACAAAGUGCACAGACUUACUGUUAGGAUCCGUUUGUGACAGUAAGCAGGAAACCUCAGACUGUUCACUUAGUCAACACGAGCACAGCACCAAAGAGAGAAAUUCCCCAUCCUUGUCUCCCACUGCGGAGUGGCAGCCCCCGCCCAGCCUGGCUGGUCUGUCUAUCGAAGAGGUGUCCAGAUCUCUAAGAUUCAUCGGCCUGACAGACGACGUUGUUUUUCUGUUUGUGUCUGAGAAGAUUGAUGGGAGUUUACUCCUGCAGCUCACUGAGGAGAUUCUGUCAGAGGACUUCAAGCUAAGCAAACUGCAGGUGAAGAAACUCAUGCAGUUCAUAAAUGGGUGGAGACCUAAGAUCUAGCUGCCAGUAUAUGACACUAAAUCCUAUCGUAAGGCAAAGUAAGCCAUGCCUUCUGUGUAUAUGCUAUGCACACCAAGCCACAAAGAGUGUCUUUUUGUAUCCUGAAUCGGGUGGGAAUCUGUGACAGCUAUUAUCUAACUGAAUGGAAUCAUUUGGCACUUUCAUGUCAAGUAUUCGGGGUCCACUAGUGUUUGUCAGUAUGCAGAUCCUAAUGAUGAGACGAGGACAGUGAAACGUUAAGAGCUAUACUUGAUGAGGACAGUGUGUGAUUCUGCUGUUAAAGCAAGAAAAUGUUUUUAAAAGUGCAUCUUUAUUCAGAACUGUGGUAGUUCCAAUUAUUGUCACAGGUGCUCGUGCGCAACUAAAUGUUGGGCUUAUCCAGCAAGAUCUUAUUUCCAUGUGUUGCCUUUUUAAUAGAAUGAUAUGUCCAACUUACAUUACUACUUGCUUUAACCUGAAAAUUGUAUACACUACAGGUAGCUCGAGGUUAUUUAAAACUGAAAAUAAACUGAGGGAGGCCUGACAGAAAAGAUGUCCUGGAUCUCAGGUCUGAAGAAGAGUCUGUGUAGAGUCAGGGCACUACAUGCUUUUACAAACCCAAAGUGGUACUUCUAACUGGUCCUUUGUUCUCAUUGUAUGUAUUGUGGGUGUUCUCUAAUGCAAGGAACAAGAUUUUAUUAAAAAAAACUGCUUUUCUGUGCCUUAACUCAGAGAAAUAUGUAUUUCAUUUUGGCUUAACAUUUAAAUGUGUCAUUCUGAAGUGAGGCAGUGCUGUUGAGAAGCAUGUUAGCUAAAAUGUAAUACUGGUUUAUCUUUGGUACCAGAUGUGUUUUCCCUAUCCUCGAUUCAAGCUGAUUUAUUUAUGCAGUUAUUCUCAGACCGUUCAGAUGGCUGAUGUUUGAAGGUGGCACUUUUUUGUGGGGCAUCAGUAAUUUACUUUAUAUCUUUACUGUGUACAUAUAUUUAAAUGUAAUUUUUCUUAAAGUGAUUAUUAAUGUUGAAAUUAUUUUUAUUGAGAAAAUCCAAUGUUCAAUUUUUUUUAUUAAUUUUAACUUUGGUUCUACAUGGGUUUAUAAAUCCACAUCCAUAAAAUAACAUUUUGUAUAAUGAGAGAGAAAACCUGCCUCAGUCACACUACACUGUGACCCAAAUGGGUCCAGGUAACUUCUAACUUUGUUACAGUGCCUGUAUGUUUUCAUGCUUAAUGGCAUUUAUCCCUUAACACUAUUAUUAUUGUUAUGACAGUUAAUGUCCUAUGCAACUGCCAUGGUACUUAAACAGUCCAUGGAAGGAAAUAUUAAGAGCUGUCAUAUUUGAAUGACCGAAAGAGGCCAUGAAGUAUUAUGUGUGUUAAAAUGACCUGUGUUAAUUUCAGCGCAAGCAUGUAUGCCAAGGCGAAUCUCCCAUGUCAGUCAUUUCACUUGAAUAAAUCUGUGAUACAGAAGGCAAACACAUUACAACAA